AUGAGCCUACAGCUGCCUCUUGAAGAAGUAACCCCCCCACUUUUUCCUUCCCUGUGUCUGCCCCCACUUUUGCCUUCCCCUUCCCUCCCCUCUGCAGCUGUGAGCUUAGCUAGAGACUGGGACAGAGAGACUGGAGAGGUGGUCUCCGGUGGCCAGACUGAAAGCAUUGAGAAGCCCAAUGCUGAGGACGUGAUGUCCAAAGAUUGCUACUCUGAUUACUAUGCUCACUUCGGCAUCCAUGAGGAAGUGAUGAAAGAUGAGGUCCGCAAAUUCAUGUACUGCAACUCCGUGUUUUAUGGCCGGCACCUUUUCAAAGACACGAUGGUGCUGGAUGUUGGCUCAGGCACAAGGAUCCUCUGCACGUUUACUGCCAAGACCAGGGCCCGCAGGGUCAUUGGGAUCGAGUGUUCCGUAGAUGUGCCCAUCAAGGAGCCCCUGGUGGACAUGGUGCGCCCCAAGCAGCUGGUCACCAACAUGCCUCAUAAAGGAAGUGGACAUCUACACGGUCAAGUUGGAAGACCUGACCUUCACUUCCCCCUUCUGCCUGCAAGUGAAGCCAAAUGGCUGCAGGCAUGCACUGGUGGUCGACUUCAACAGCGAGUUCACCUGCUGCCACAAAAGGACUGGCUUCUGCACAGCCCUGAGUCUCCAUCCCCUCACUGGAAGCAGACGGUGUUCUACAUGGAGGACUAUCUGACAGUGAAGACAGGCGAGGAGAACUUUGGCACCAUUGGCAUGCGACCCAAAGCCAAGAACAACCGUGACCUGGACUUCACCAUUGACUUAGACUUCAAGGACCAGCUGUGUGAGCUCUCCUGCUCCACCAAUUACCGGAUGCACUAA